CGGUGUCAUGACGGCGCCGUCGGCCGCCCUGCUGACCCUGCUCGGUCUGACCGGUCUCCUGGAGCCGGUCUGGACGCGCUGUCCCGCCCAGUGCCACUGCGAGAGCUCUGGCUCUGACUGCAGUCACUCCCAGCUCAGUGCCGUGCCCAUCUUCCUCGACCCGCGCAUCCAUCGGCUGCAGCUGCAGGGUAACGACAUCACCAGCAUCGCCGACGCGCUCAUGUUCUACCCGAGCCUGCGGUGGUUGGAUCUCUCCAACAACAGCUUGACCUCGCUGCUGGAGGGACAGUUUGUCAUGCAGAGGGAUCUGCUCAGCCUGAGUGUGCAUGAUAACCGACUGGGAGCGCUCUUCAGUGAGACUUUCAGUGGACUGGGGAGAUUGCAGGAGCUGCUGCUGGACAACAAUCAGAUCAUCGCACUGGACGAUGGCGUGUUUCAGUGGAUGGAGAAUCUACAGAGGUUAGACCUGUCCCGGAAUAGGAUUAAAAUAGUGACACGUGAGGCUUUCGAGGGGCUUAGUGCUCUGGAGUGGCUUGAUUUGAGUGAGAACAACAUUGGGCACGUGCCAUCUGACGCAUUUCGUCAGCUCAGUGCUCUGAGAACACUAAAGAUGAGAAACAACUGGCUUCGCGAAGUGCCUUUUCAUGCGUUCUACGUUCUUUCGUCACUACAGAACCUUUCUCUGGCGGAGAACCGUCUCCAUCGGCUCCAUCCAGAGGCCUUCUCCGGUCUCUCAAGUCUCCAGCGCCUGGACAUUAGUGGCAACCUGCUGGACAAGUUCCCGGCCACGUCACUGGCCCUGCCGGAGCUGGAGGAACUGGACGCCGGUGGUAACGGCUUCCCCUCCCUCCAGGCGCGGCACAUGAGUGGGAUGCGCCGCCUCAGGAGGCUCCGCGUGUGCGGCAACGCAGCGCUUUCAGUGGUGUCUCCUCAUGCCUUCAGUGACUCACAUCUGCUGGAGGAACUUCAUCUGUGCGACAAUCCUCAACUAACCUGGUUCCCCAGCAGUGCAGUGGAGGGUUUGCCUCGUCUCAGAGUGCUGAACCUGAGCGGCAACAGCCUGGGCAUGUUGGAGAACAUGACGUCCCUUCUGCAGAGAGUGGAAACGUUCAACGUGUCCGGGAACCCUCUGGUGUGUAACUGCUCUUCCCGCUGGCUAUGGGAGCUGCCCAAGAGGCUGCCGCACAUGCUAGCGCUGCCUCCAGUGCGUUGUGUGGACUCAGGAAGGUCGUUAUUUUCCCUGAGUGAGUCUGAACUCGGCUGCAAUAGCUGGCUCACGCCGCUGCUAGUCUCACUGGCGGUAUUUGUGGUGGUGUUCUGCGCCAUAUUGGUCGCUCUACUACUCCUGCGUCGGAAGCGUCGUCACGAUCGUCAGCGCGCGUGUGUUCGCGAAGCGCAGGCUUAUGCGGACCAGUGGGGGGACAAGUGGCAGGUUAAGUGGGAGGACCUGGAGGCCGACGACGGUCUCAGUGGCAGUCACAUGUUCACCCACUCGGGGCCGGAGUACGGGUCGCUGAGGCGGCUAGAACACUUCACCUUCCGGAGUCCCGAGUACCAAAAGAAGAUACCGGUUACUGUGGUCUGAAUGGCUCGCGAAGAGUUCAGAGCUUUGGUGAUGGACGGGGGUGACGUAAAAUGUGUCUUUCACAACGAUAUUGCUACAGAUGUUUGUGAGCUGAGUAGCGCGAAAACCGGCAAUGAUAUCCUAGUCCAAGAUUAGGACGUCAUUG